AUGACUGCGGAAAAGAAGAGCACAUUUUCCAAAAAUAGUCUUUUUCUCUAUGCCGCCUAUAUUUCAACUUGUUUAGUAAGUUCAACAAUUUUCUAGAAUUCGAGACUUAUAAUAAUAAUAUUACAGGAAGAUCGAGCAUGGUCAUUUUGUAUUUCUUUAUGUAUGCAAAUGUUGGGUGGAAUGAGAAUGGUGUCGAUUGAACAAUUAUUUGAAGGAUUAUUACAGAUUGCUUUGAGUGGACAUUUGGGAAAAUUAUUUGAUCGAUUGUCGAGGAAAACUGGUGGGUUAUGGGACAGAUUUUGGCGAUAGAAAAUCAGAUAAAUAUAUUAGAAGUUCAGCUAUAACUUUUCGAAGAUCAGAAAUCUCGCCAUAACAGAAUUUUCACAUAUCUCUAGAAGUUCAUACUGGAUUUGAUGGUAUUCCAGAAGUUUUUGUGAAGAUUUUUCAAAAACUCUCAAAAACUAAAAAUGUUUUUUUUAUCUGGAAAAACACUAUUUUACUCUUGAGUCAAAACUUUUCUAAACAAGUAUUAACAUUUUUUUUCCAAAACUCAUGACUUUUCUCUAAAUUUAUCAUUUUCUGGUCUGUUUUUCAAAACCACUGAUUUUCGUUGUUUCUGACUGAUAAGAAAUUUCACUGGAAAAUUCAAACUACAAAAAUAGUGCUCUAAAAAUGUUUUUGGACCAAAACUCUCUGAUCUCUCGAAAAACAAUUCUGUAAUUGCCAAUAACUUUUUUCAGCCAUCCUAACCGUAGUACCAUUCAAUAAUUUGAGCAUUGUCGGAGCAGCAGCUCUACUUUUCGGUAAGAUUUUUCGACUUCUCUCAGUUUUUUACCAAUCUUUCUUUCUUUCAUAUUUUCAGCAUGUCUCUCAAUCAGCGAUCUAAAUUCGUGGCUUUUCACAGUUCUCCUAAUCUCAGCAAUGUGCCUCUGCGCUAUAAAUCGUCUAUUUCUCAACGCGGAAAAAUUCAUAGUUGGUCGAGAUUGGGUUAUGGUAAUUGGUGACAAUGGAUUAUUAUCGAAUAUGAAUGCAACACUAACAACCUUGGAUCAAGCAACGAAUGUGAUUGCUCCCAUUUUAACCGGAGCUCUUGUCACAAUUUUCGAUCUCAAGACAACGGUUGCGAUUUUCGGAAUCGGGAGCUUGGUUUCAAUGGCUUCCAAGACAUUUUUCUUGAGAUCUCUUUAUAUGAGAAAUCCAGAGUUGCAUUUCAAAGAGACUGAUGAUAAAGCAAUGAUUCUUGAUGAAGAAGAUCAGGAUCCACCUUCGAGAACUCGAGGAGUAAUCAGCACUUAUUAUUAUCAAAAUACUUUCCCAGCAGCCUUCGGAAUGACAUUACUUUUCAUGACAGUAAUGGGUUUCGAUGGGGUAAGUUAUAUACUUUUUAUUAAAAUCCCAAAGCACUUUAUUUGUAAGCAAUCAUACAACAUUUUCAGUUGGCUGUUGGUUAUGGUUCGAGUGCUGGACUACCUGAUGUUAUCCUAGGGGCUUUCCGAUCUUAUGGAUCAUUCGCUGGUAUUUUAGGAGCAAUCUCUUAUGCCUUCUUCGAGAAACAAUAUAGUGUGGCAACUUCUGGAUUUAUCGGUCUUGUAGUUCAACAAGUUUUUGCAGUUCUAGCUGUAGUUUCAAUUUGGAUGAAAGGUUCCCCUAUGGAUUUAUCUGGUUAUUUUGGAAACUUCACAAUUCAACUCUGGUGGCAUGAUUUGGUUCAUUCUUUUGAUGGAGCAAAUAUUACAACAACUCAACCUCAUAUUGAUUGGCAUAAUUUCACAUCAAAUGGUGUUAGCCUUGAUAGUAUUUUCAUGUUUUUAAUUGCAAUUGCUUCUGCGAGAUAUGGUCUUUGGUGUUUGGAUUUGGCGAUUACUCAUAUUAUGCAAGUUAAUAUUCCGGAAAAUGAGAGAAAUACUGUGUUUGGUGUACAUAAUGCAAUUUGUAAUACUUUCUCAGUUCUCAAAGAUUUGCUGGUCAUUAUUUUACCACUACCUUCUACUUUUGCAAUUUGUAUUUUAAUUAGUUAUGCCUUCGUCACAUCUGGUCAUAUAUUCUUCAUUUAUUAUCUGGUCAAAUCAAAAACUUUUUCUACAAUAGGAAGAAGGUUAUCGAAACUUAAUGUGGAAACAGAUGCGGAUCCGGAGAAAACUGAUGUUAUGGAAAGAUUAUAA